AUGAAGGUUGUUGACGUGGGUUGUGACCCCUCUGAGAUUUACCGACCAGAGGUCAAGACGGAGAAUGGGAAGCUGAAGGAGAACUACCGGAAUUUUAAGGAGGGGCCACUGAUGGACCGAGUGUUCAACACCUACCUGCUCAUGCACACCAACCAGACAGUGGAAUUUGUGCGGAAGAAGAAUGAGGAGUACGGGGGCUGUUGCCUUCGCCAGAUGACCAUCAUGGAAGCCUUGGACUUGCUGGACAACGUGGUGGACGAGUCGGACCCAGACGUGGACUUCCCCAACUCUUACCAUGCCUACCAGACAGCCGAGGGCAUCCGGAAGGCUCACCCUGACAAAGAUUGGUUCCACCUGGUCGGAUUGCUUCAUGACAUGGGGAAGGUCUUGGCCCUGGUUGGUGAGCCACAAUGGGCUGUGGUGGGCGAUACAUUUCCAGUGGGCUGCCAGGUGCAGGACUCUGUCGUCUUCCAGGACUCCACCUUCCACGACAACCCUGACAUGAAGAACCCCUUGUACAACACCAAGUAUGGGAUCUACCAGCCUCACUGUGGCUUGGAGAACGUGCUGAUGUCGUGGGGCCAUGAUGAAUAUAUGCACACGGUGAUGAAGCACAAUAACUUUGCCCUGCCUCCAGAGGCUUUCUACAUGAUCCGGUUCCACUCCUUCUACCCCUGGCACACGGGAGGCGACUACAUGCACCUGUGCUCCGAGGAGGAUCUCCACCUGCUGCCCUGGGUGAAGGAGUUCAAUAAGUUUGACCUGUACACCAAGUGUGAAGACUUGCCCAGUCCCCAGGAGCUCAAGCCGUACUACCAAAGCCUUAUAGACAAAUAUUGCCCGGGAAAAGUCUGCUGGUGAUGCCCAGGCCAGCUACCUCCGACUCCACCUCCAGCCCAUCUCUUUCCAGCUGGGAACUACUUGGUGGGGGAGAGCUCAGGGG